AUGAGCGCUGACCUCACAGAGAGGCCGCCUUGGGCGGCUCGCGGGGGGCUGCAGUCGGCCCCGCUGGAAGCGCCGGUGCCAUCUGGUGCCUCCUCCCACCCCGUGCUGGUGGGGGACCCUGUAAUCCGCCGCCCCUCCCCCAGACAGGCCCCCACGGAAGCGCGGAGGGCCGAGGCCAAGACACGCCUGGCCGGCUCAGACCCCGUGCCCCGGCCCCGGCCCGUGACGCUGCAGGGGACCGCGCGACCUUUGCAGGCGGGCGGCGGCGGGGGCCCGCGGGGGGAGGGGCGCGGGCCUGCAGGCGCGGGAAAGCGGCGCACCCCGACCGCAUGCCCCGCCACGCGGGUGCACUGGCCCCACUUCCUGCCAGAGGGGGCACCCAAGGCCGCCUUGGGGCAGGAAACCUGCGCGCGGAGGAAGCCCCCUCCCUCUCCCCGGAACCCGAGCCCGGGGGAGCAAGCCCCGAAGCGGGGCGUCCAGGGGACUAGUUCCGACAGCGCCCGCGAAGCGGCGAAACCAGUUUGUGGGGGCGGAGGGCAGGCCCGGCCCCUGGGGCCGGGCCGGAGGUGGGGUCGCGGGGCACACCCGGGUCCCCAGCCUCCCCCGCACUUGGGAACUUCCCGGCGGCGGUGGGGGGCGCCCGGCCGGGCUCGGGCCGCGGGAGCGGCGGCCGCGCGAGGUGCACCCAGCGCCGCGGCCGCACAACUCGCGCUCACCGCCGCCCCCUCCCCCACCGCGCGCCGCCCGUCCCCGCCCCCCGCCCGCGGCGCCGGGGACCCGGUGCGGCGUCCUCCCCGCGCCUCCGCGCCCCGCCGCCCGCCCCCGCGCCGCGCGGCCCUCCCGCCGCCGCCGCCCCACGCCGCCCGCCUGCGCCCGGGCCUGGGAAUAAAGCCGGCGGCGCGCGCUGCGGCCCCGGGCGGGCGGCGGGGCGCGGGGCGGCCGCGGGCCCCGGGGACGACUCACCGCGAGCUCGGCCGCCGGCCUGCAAUGCGCGCGCGGGGCUGCCGGGAGCGACGGUGCUGGGCGCUGGGGACCGGCCUGGCUGCGCCGCCACCGCCGCCGCUGCUCGCGAAUGCGGAUCUGAAACCGGGAGAGGGCAGAGGCGCUCAAAGCCCGGCGCCGCCGCGUGCUCGCCGCUCGGGCCCCCGCGGGGUAUUUAUAACGCGCAUCCAGCGGCGGGGACCGAGCGGCGCCCUCCCCGGAGGAUGGCGAGGGCCAGGAAGCCGGGCACGGCCCGUGCGCGGCCUCAAUAAAUAA